AUGCGUCGAUCUCGUGUGGACGAGACGCAGCGCCGUCAGGCGUUGGCAGAGCGGCGCUUCCGUGGGCACCGCAUCCGCCGUGGGCUCGAAGAGCUUGACGACCUUGAUGCUCCCAAGAAGCGCAAAGAGCGCAAAGACGAGGCGUCGCCCGCAGAGCGGGCCACCACCGCAACGGCUCUUGGCGACUGCACCGCGGACAACACCAGCGCCGCGGCUCGAACCACCCCUGCCAUCUUCUCUACCGUUUUUGGCGAGGACUGGGGUGAGUGGGCGGAGGUGAAGCGCGUGCUGUUCGACAUGAAUGCCACGGCGGCUGCGAAGCGGAGUGCGUUGGAGACCAUUCAUGUGUGGCGCCAGCGUGCACGCAAGGAGCGCGAGUUGCCGGCUUACGUGGAGUCGACGGAGGUGCUGUUGGAUGCGAUGCUGCAGGACGAGGAGGACGCGCUGAAAGAUGGACCACUGCGCAUGUGCUACGGCGCCGCCAUUUCGCGCGUUGUGCAUGUCAUGACCGGGUCCUUCGCGAGCGGCUCCGCCGAUACGUAUCGCAAGCGCGCGAGCGAGAUUGGCUUCCCUGAGGAGGCGGUGGAGGUUCGUCAGCGUGUGGCACACGGGGCACUGCCGCUGACAUCGGAGUUGCGGUGGGUCUGCGGCCUGGUGCUGCAGUUCUUGUUCACGCAGUACUGGCUGGAGCAGGAGCGGCAGGUGUACCUCAUGGAACAGGAGCAGGGCUCCUCCUCGUCCGCAGCCGGCGCACUCCGUAAGCCACGACAGCGGCAGUCGGCGAGAGCGAGCACAACCACGCCAGCGGAGGAGACAAGUGUGUCUGCAGCUUCUCUACCACCGCCGUCCGUCACUGUAGACGACAUGAGAGCACUUCUGCACGACCUUGAAAGCGGUGCGGACAGCGACGGUGAAAACGCCGAGGGCGGCGGUGUAGCAGACAGGGGCGACGAGACCACACCCGUUACGGUAUGCUCUGCCGGUCCGGCCCCGACGGGCGAAGGCGCAGCUGGCCGAGAUACGUCUUCUGGUGCUUCCAUUGCCACCAUCGCAGGCCGGCGUCUGUCGUGA